AUGUCGCUCUUCAACUUCAUUCUCCUUCCUUUAGAAGGGAGCGUGAUACUGCUGAUCGGGUAUCUGCUAGUUAACGAAUUCAUCCGCUGGAAUCGACGCAUCAAAGGCCUCCCCGGACCCCAAGGACUGCCAGUGAUCGGCAAUCUUCGCCAGGUUACCCAGUCUUUCUCGGCGGAGCAAUAUCGCCAAUGGUCUGAGAAAUACGGACCCGUAUAUCAAGUCCAACUGGGCAAUAUCCCAGUGGUGAUCGUGAACACGGCCGACUCAGCGAAAUCGCUGUUCCUGAACCAAAGCUCGGCUCUUAUUUCACGACCACUCUUCCAUGUCCUGCAUAAGACGGUGAGUAAAAGCGUCGCUAGCAUCGGGACCAGUCCGUGGGAUGAGAGCUGUAAGUUCCGGAGGAAGCUGGCGGCUGGGGCUUUGAAUCGUCCGAAGGUGCAGUCUUAUGAGCCGAUUAUUCUACUCGAGACGAGAGAAUUUAUUCAAGAGCUUUUACAAGCGUCGUGCGAGAACACAGAGGUGGAAUUUAAACCGACGGUCCAUCGUCUGUCUCUUAAUUUGGUCCUGACGUUGAACUAUGGCACUCGGGUGUCAAGCACGAAAGACCUCCAAGAGGACGCCCUCUACGCCGAAAUCAUCGAGGUCGAGAACGAGAUCUCGCGGUUCCGAUCCACCUCCAAGAACCUCACCAACUACAUUCCCUUGCUCCGACUGCUCGAGCCACUACUAUGGAAAAAGUCUGCCGCAUAUUCCGCUCAAAUAGGCCAGCGCCGGAUCGCAUAUAACAACAAACUGCUGAAUCGAUUGAAAGAAGCGGUGAAAUAUGAUACCGAUAAGCCCUGCAUUCAAGGGAAUGUGCUGCGCGACCCAGAGUCCGUGGGACUAUCAAGUAAAGAGCUACUGAGUAUUAGUUUGAGCAUGAUGGCGGGCGCAGAUAGCACGCAGCCAACCAUCGCAUGGGCAAUUCUUUUUCUGGCACAUAACCAGCAUGUUCAACAGCGCGCGUUCAAUGAGAUCCAAAGGUCAGGUGCUAUUAUCGACUCGAAAGUUGAAACCCAAGAAGUGGAAUACAUCCAUGUCCUCACCAAAGAACUGAUGCGUGUCUACACCGUGUUGCCGCUUGGCAUGCCUAGAGAAACCACCGAGACGGUGCAUUUCGAGGGAAGGGCAAUUCCUCCCGGGACUAUGGUGUUUCUAAAUGCAUAUGGAUGUAACCGCGACGGCGACGCAUUCGCCGACCCCUGGACCUUCAAACCGGAAAGAUGGCUCGACAAUGCCGAGAAACAUACCCACCAGUUUGCCUUUGGGUAUGGAUCGCGCAUGUGCAUUGCCUCACAUCUGGCAUUUCGUUUGGUUUACACGGCUAUAUUCCAUUUGAUUGCCACGUUUGAGAUCCAUCCCAUGCAUGGGCAGAGCAAAGAUGCUGCUGAUCCGGUUGUGGGACUUAAGGAUCCUACUUCAAUUACCGCUGUUCCGAGGGCAGAGAAGGCUAGAUUGGUGGCUAGGGAGUUGACUAAGAGAAACGAGAACUAG